GUCAAGUGGCUUUCCUUUCCUUGAAUUUUGUUUUUGAGACAAAUUUUCGCUAUCUAGCUCAGAAUGGAAUUGAAGUAGCUGUGUAGCUUAAAUUUGGUAGUCUUCGAACUUGGAUCAGCCUUCUGAAUGCUGAGAUUACAGGUGUGCAUCACCAUGUCCAGUUACUGUUUUUACUUGUCUUGUUCUACUCUCCAAAAUAUUUCCAUACAGGUGUCCUUGAUUUAUGAUUGCGUUACUGUCAAUCAAGCCACUGAAGGUGUAAAAUGGCAUUAAGUUGAGAAUUCAUUUAAAAUACCUCAUCUGCCUUCAUAGCUUAGAAACAUCUUGUACUGUGGAGUAUCAGUUGUUGACUCUUGUGCACGCUUUUUAUCCCAGCACUGGGGAGGCAGAGGCAGGUGGGAUCUCUGUGAGUUCAAGGCCAGCCAGAGGUAGGAUUGUGUGCCUCACUCCCCUCGCCAUGCUGGGAUUUGGUCUGGCUUGGGCUUGGUUCUCAACUACUGUAGGAAUGUAAUUGGUUACUCGUAUGAUGUUUGCACUGAUAGGCACGUCUUGCCAGGCAUUGGUUAUUGUUGUAGUUCCCGGAGUUUACAGUUGGGUAUAAUUGCUUACUUUUCUCCUUUGGUAGCUUACAUACUACGAAAGCUAGCCAGUAGGGAUGAAACUUCCAAUUGUGAACCAACUUGAUUUUAUCAUGUCCUUUGACUCAAGAAUGUGAUGUCUUCAGCUGUAGGGUCUUACUAUCAAGUUCUGGACAAUAGCCUGUAAUGUUUGGGGGUCUUUGGGACCCCAUUGGCCAGUUAAUUCCAAAAGAAGUAACUCAUUCUUGGCACCAAGUUUUAUUUGUCAGUCUCUGGUGUUGAAUAGGGUCAUUGUUGCUUUCUUACAGAAUGACUCCAUUUUAACUCUGAGUUAGGAAACAUCUAUGGUGAUAGAGUUCUUUUGAAAGGUUCUUAGUAUUGUUUAUCUCUCCCAUACUUACUCUGCCUUACCAUCUGCUCCUUUAUCCCACAUUAAUCUUUCCCGUUCCAUUAUUUCAUUUUAACCCUUUAUAGUAGUGCAUUCUAUGUCUUCUCCCUUUAAAGUUCCUCUCCAUGCCUCCUUAGUAAUUUCCUGACCUAUAUGGGUAUUCAAAAUGAAAUACACAUAUCUGAAGAUUCAAAGCUAAUGUCCACAGAUGGGAGGAAACUUGGUAUUUGAAUUUCUAGGUCUGGGAUACCUCACUCAAAAGGAUUGUUUCCAGCUUUAAAAGAUUUUUCAUGUAAAUCAUUUGGAAAACUUAAAUUCCAGUAAGAUAGCAACUGUCCUCAAGUCAGUAAAUAAUUUCAACUCAGUUUCCAUUAGAACUCCCUGCUUUCUUUUUUUUUUGUAAAAAUUAACCACCUGACCCUAAAAUUCAUAAUGGAAAUAGGAUCUAGAGGAAUCAAAACUAUUGAAAAAGAAUAAUGUUGGGGGGAGGGGGGUGCUCUGUUUCUGGAUUUGAAAACAAUACAGAAUUCGAAAUCAUCAUGACUGAUGUAAAGUUAAGCAUACACUGAGGGGCAGUACCAAAGUCCAGGUAGCUAUACAUUCCUGAUCAGUUGACGGAUUUUUUUGUUUUGUUUUUUUAAGCAAGGGCAAUAAAAUAAUUCAAUAAAGAAAGAAUAGUCUUUAACAAGUAUUACUGGGCCAUCUGGGUAUCUGUAUGAAAAACAGUGACAUUGGGGUCUUUCCAAAUAUACAAAAAAUAACUCAGAAUGAAUCAAAAGACCUGCAUUAUGAAGAUCAUUAUAAGACUCUUAAGCAAAAAAGUAAGUAUAAAUACACAACCUUGGAUUAAGGAGUAGUUCCUUAGACUACCAAAGCAUAAACAGCAAAAGAAGAAAUAAAUUGGACCACACAAUAAAAACUUGUUUCAAAGGAAAAAAGUUAAAAGUAACCAAAAAUGAGAGAAAAUACUUGAGAAUAUUAUAUCAAAUCCAAGGCAAAAGAUGAUUUUUCUGUUUUAAAAUUUACACCAUUUUGAAGUGGUUCCGAGGAGUGAGUCUAGGUCUUCUGUACUAGGAGGUGCUCCAUACUAAGCUGCAUCACUCUCCAUCAUGUUCUGCUAGUAUGCAGGUGAUGUUCCUUAUUGGGUACAUUCCAAGAUUUGUCUGUGAUCAUGAGUCUGGUUGCCUUUCCGUCCUCUCCCUACAAAGAGGGUGCUAAUGCAGUGCUCUCAUCUACUGCUGAGAGGAAUUGGAAUUUAAGAUAAAGCAACUCAAAAUAAUCCGAAGCUCCAAAAUUACAGUUAAUGGACAACAGUGUGAACCUACUUGCUUAGUUUAUGAAGUAGCUCUUCAGGGUUCCUAACACAUGAAGUAAAUAAUAGAAAGUUCUUUGGGCAUCAUGUGUCUCUGCUCAGCCAAUCAGAGUUCAGGACUAUUUGUAUGUAAUAAUAGAGUUUAUUUGCAGAGGAGCUGAUAAGUAGUUAGGACUUAAAGGACACAGCAGUGGUUCCAGUGCUCUCAAUUGUCGAAGAGAAGAGUCGUCUGGUGUGCUUAACUUUCCACAGUAUGAGUUCUUACUCUAGAAUUGUAUCAGCUUAUUUUUUUCGUUUAUAGGUUUUAAAAUAGUUAUUAGCACUUCUAAAGGGAACAUUAUUGGUGAUUGCUUUUACUUUUGAUGAAAUUUAAUGGGAUGUGAAAAUGCCAGGAAUCUUAUGAAAAUGUCUUCGAGAUUUUCAUCACCAUCUUUACCAGUUUUCCUCUCACCGGAGCCAGCUGACUUAGGCUCUCUGACAAGUGAUUCCUGUUCACUAAAUGAGCUGAACAAUAUUUCCCAUCUUUUGAGGAAAAUAGCAACCGACAUCAAUGAGAUUAAAGGGAUGAAAGCAGCUAUUUUGACAGUAGAAGCAAACCUUUUUGAUUUGAACGUUAGAGUGUCCCAGAAUGAAGCCAAAAUUUCAUCUUUAGCGGUUAAAAUGAGUGAAGAUUCAGCAUCAACAUCUGAAUGCAACAGACAGUUGGAAGAUUUUCAAGAGAGAGUAGAGUUUGAAUCACAGUCAAAGGCUACUGAUGUAAAAAUAAUGGGCUUCCUAACAAAUAUUGAGAAAGGCACUCAACAGAGGCAGUUAUUAUCCCGACUGCAAAUUGACCCAGUCAUGGUAGAGGCAAUGGAGAUAAGUCCAGCUGAGAUGACUGACCUAAGUGUGGCACAAAAACCAGAAAAGCUUUUGGAGCGCUGCAAGUACUGGCCUGCUUGUAAAAAUGGGGAUGAGUGUGUAUAUCAUCAUCCCAUUUCACCUUGCAAAGCCUUUCCCAAUUGUAAAUUUGCUGAAAAAUGUUUAUUUGUGCAUCCAAAUUGUAAAUAUGAUGCAAAGUGUACUAAGCCAGAUUGUCCCUUCACUCACAUGAGUAGAAGAAUUCCAGUACUGACUUCAAAACCAGUCCCAUCACCAGCACCAUCUUCUAAUGGGCAGCUCUGCCGAUACUUCCCAGCUUGUAAGAAAAUGGAAUGUCCCUUCUACCACCCAAAACACUGUAGGUUUAAUACUCAGUGUACAAGACCAGACUGCACAUUUUAUCACCCCACCAUUACUGUACCACCAAGACAUGCCUUGAAAUGGAUUCGACCUCAAACUAGCGAAUGAUGCCCUAGCCCUACCUGGCAAGAAGAUCAUGCAGUUUGAAAGCUUCCAUCUUCUGAUGAGGGAGAUUCUACAGAACUUGUCACGUCUUUGAAAUUUAGAAUAUAUUGCUUUCAUAAUAUGAAUUUUAUUGCCUAACUGAAGUGUCUAAUUUUUCAAGUUUGUAAGUUUAUUAAGUGGUUUCAGCAUUUUUUGUUUGUUUUGACUGUGAAAGAGACAGUUUAAAGAGAAGCCAGAGUCUAUUAAACAUUGGCGGCAUGUUUGUA